AUGGCAGACUUGAAAGUUGAUCUCACAGCUCCAAAUGGCAAGAAAAUCACCCUCCCAACCGGUCUAUUUAUUAACAAUGAAUUCGUCAAAUCAAGCUCGGGUACUAAAAUCACGAGCAUAAAUCCCACGAACGAACAAGAGAUCUGCUCAGUUGAAGCGGCUAGCGCCGAAGACAUCGAUAAAGCUGUAGCAGCUGCAAGAGCUGCACUGAACCAUGAAUCAUGGCGAGAUAUCUCCGCGACUGAACGCGGUGCCUUGAUGUUCAAGUUGGCGGAUCUAAUCGAACAGGAAAGCGAUAUACUAGCCACUAUUGAAACCUGGGAUAACGGUAAACCAUUUGCCGAUUCCCAGGGAGACGUGGGCGAGGUUAUUAGCACUAUUAGAUACUAUGGCGGUUAUGCCGAUAAGAUUCACGGCGAAACCAUCCCUACGACAAGCCAGAAAUUCGUCUACACCUUGAAACAACCAAUUGGUGUAUGCGGUCAGAUCAUCCCGUGGAAUUAUCCCCUGUCGAUGGCUGCAUGGAAACUCGGGCCUGCGCUCGCUUGCGGAAACACCGUGGUCUUGAAACCCGCUGAACAGACCCCUUUAUCAAUUUUAUAUUUUGCAAGUGUCGUAGUCAAGGCCGGUUUCCCUGCCGGCGUGGUCAAUAUCACAAAUGGAUAUGGCAAGGAGGCUGGCCAUGCACUUGCAAGUCACCUAGACGUCGAUAAGAUAGCCUUCACCGGCUCGACAGCGACAGGGAAGCAAAUCAUGAAGACGGCUAGCAUCAACAUGAAGAAUAUCACCCUCGAGACCGGCGGCAAGUCCCCGCUAUUAGUCUUCGAAGAUGCCGAUAUCGAGCAAGCGGCGAAGUGGGCUCAUAUCGGAAUCAUGAGUAACCAAGGUCAGAUCUGCACGGCUACCUCGCGCAUUCUCGUCCAAGAUACCAUUUAUGAUAAGUUCGUGAAUGAGUUCCGAGAGGCUGUCAAAACGACUAGCAAAGUCGGCGACCCGUUCGCAGAGGGCACGUUCCAGGGCCCUCAGGUGACUAAGGCGCAAUACGACAGGAUCUUGAGCUUUGUCGAGUCUGGCAAAUCGGAGGGCGCCACACUGACAGCAGGAGGUAUUCCCUGCCCGCUGAAUGGGAAGGGCUUCUUCAUUGAACCUACUAUCUUCACUAAGGUGAAGAAUAAUAUGAAGAUCUAUCGCGAAGAGGUAUUCGGUCCGUUCGUCGUCAUUGUUCCUUUUAAGACCGAGGGUGAGGCUAUCGCGAUGGCAAAUGAUACUACCUAUGGUCUAGGCGCGGCGGUGUUUAGUCAAAACCUCGAACUCUCGCAUCGCGUGGCUGCGCGGAUCGAGGCAGGUAUGGUUUGGAUCAACUCAUCUAAUGACUCGGAUAUCCGAGUUCCAUUUGGAGGAGUCAAGCAAAGUGGUAUAGGCCGGGAGCUUGGAGAAGCGGGUCUCGCUGCCUACACCCAGACAAAGGCCAUCCAUGUGAAUAUAGGCCAGAAACUGUAA